AUGGUGUACGCUCGCGGCCAGGAGGACGAUGAGAAGCUGCACCGCAGCUACUGCGCAGCCGGCACCCAGGGCGUCAAGUUCCAGGGCUGGGCGUGCGAGCGCAUGCUGCUGUCUGACGCGUUCCAGGGGCGGCUGCUGAUGGUGCUGCCCAGCGACCCCGCCAGCCACGUCAAAAAGGUCCAGGAGGUUGCGGCGCUGGUGGAGCGGCUGCACUGCCUCACACCAGGGUGGCUGCUGGCGGGAGAACAGUGGAAGGCGUUCCUGUACGUGUCGACCCAGCGCCGCGUGGUGGGCCUGCUGGUGGCGGAGCCCCUGAGGCAGGCGUUCAGGGUGCUGCCGGCGCCGGCGGGGGAGGAGGCAGACUCCCAGCAGCGGCCAACCCAGACGCAGCAGCAGCAGCAGCAGCAGCAGCAGCAGCAGCAGCAGCAGCAAAUGCAGGCGGCUGACAAGCCAAAGGGCGCUGCAGUCUGGCGCGGCCUCCACGGCCGCCAGCCCAGCCACGCGGCGCAGGGCCUCAGCGGCGGCGGCGCGUCGUCGCUGGGCAGCGGAGGGACCGGCGCGGCGGCCCGAGGCGCAGACAGCUGCCCCUCGGCGCUGCUGCGGGUCGCGCAGGGGCUGGCGCUCGGGUCGCCGGCGGCCACGCCUGCGACCACUGUCCAGCUGCAGGUCCAGGACGAGGGGCAGCAGCAGCAGCAGCAGCAGCAGCAGCAGCAGCAAGUGGACUGCGAGCAGGCAGGGCCAAGCGGCGGUCCAGAAACUGGCGGCACCAAAACGGCGGCGCGCCCGCUCACGGCGCCGGAGAUGCCGCCACCCGCGGCGGGCAGGGGAUUGCAAAUCGACCGCUCCCGCCCCGUGCGUGCGGCGCUGGGGGUGCGCAUGGUGUGGGUCUCCUGCGAGCAGCGGCGCCGCGGCGUGGCGAGCCGGCUGCUCGACGCGGCGCGCGCCAACGUGGUGCAGUGCUACGUGGCGCCGCGGGCGCAAGUCGCGUUCACGCAGCCGACAGAGGCGGGCGCGGCGAUGGCGGCGGCUUACGUGGGGCCGCAAGGGUGGCUGAUCUACGGCGUGUGA